CCGUCCCAAAGUAAAACAAAAAGUCAUCUUCAGGCAGCGGCGUUUUAGCAUUUUGGAAAAAAAUUUAUAAUUUCCAGCAAGUUAAAUUAAACUAGAAGUAAACUAAAAUGUCGAUUUUAGCCUAUAACGGUGGCUGUGUUGUGGCCAUGCGCGGCAAGGACUGCGUGGCUAUUGCAACGGAUCAUCGCUUCGGUGUCCAGGCCCAGACCAUUUCGACUGACUUCAAGAAGGUGUUCAAAAUUGCCCCACGUAUGUUUCUGGGGCUCACCGGGCUGCAGACAGAUAUUCUCACCGUGCGCGAUCGUCUGAUGUUCCGCAAGAAUCUGUACGAGACACGCGAGAACCGUGAAAUGGCGCCCAAGCCAUUUUCCGCGAUGCUCUCCAGUUUCCUCUACGAGCACCGUUUUGGACCGUACUUCAUCGAGCCCGUGGUGGCUGGCCUCGAUCCCAAGACACUGAAGCCUUUUGUUUGCAACAUGGAUCUCAUUGGAUGCCCCAACGAGCCCGAUGACUUUGUUGUGGCUGGAACUUGUGCCGAACAACUGUACGGCAUGUGCGAGACUCUCUGGAAGCCAGAUCUGGACCCACAACAGCUGUUCGAGGUGAUCUCCCAGUCCAUGAUGAACGCCUUCGACCGCGAUGCCAUGAGCGGUUGGGGUGCCACCGUCUACAUAAUCGAAAAGGACACCAUCACAGAGCGCACGCUGAAGACCCGCAUGGACUAGAUGGUGACUGGGCAGUUCUUUUGGUUAUUUUGUAAACAACAAACAUCAGAACAUACAUUUUAUACAAAUAAAAUUUGUUUAGGUACUCAA